GUUCAUAUCUUUUUAUUUUAGCCUUUAUUAUUAUAAACAAUGACUUCUCGUGCAUUACAUAAGGUUACUUUUACAAGAAGUUUUCAUGUUUAUCAAAGUAGUAUAAUAAACUAAUAAAACCUUUUACACAAUUGUAACUUAUUUGCUUGACUUAGACCUUUUCAGACCACUUUCAACUGUUAAUGCGAUGAGACAUUUUACAACUUCGACUAAUGAUCAAGUUUCUCUUGAAUCACUUGUUCCUUCUGCCGAUACACCACUUAAGAAACCAAUUCGCCAAACAAUUGCAGCAACAAUUGAACCCAUUACACCUUAUAACUUAUCCAUUUCGAGGCUUUUAGCAGCUGGCCUUCAUCUCGGCCAUUCUACUAGCUUAUGGGAACCUGCAACUCUUCCCUUCAUUUUUGGUACUCGUGAAGGUAUUAGUAUUAUCAACUUGGAACAUACAUUGGUUUAUUUAAGAAGAGCAUGUAAUGUUGCACGUGAAGUUGCUCUUCGUGGAGGUACUAUUUUAUUUAUUGGCACUCGUCCUGGUUUCCAAAAUUUGACUAUUGAAGCUGCUCGUAAUUGUGAUGGCUUUCAUGUUUCUUCUAAGUGGAUUUCAGGCACAUUGACGAAUAGAUAUCAAGUAUUGGGUCGUCAUGCACCAGUUGAUCCAGAAGAUCCUGGACGUCCACCCAAAACUUACAAACCUGAUUUAAUUAUCUUAUUAAACCCUAUUGAACAUAAAAUUGCUAUUGCUGAAGCUCAACUAAACAACAUUCCUAUUAUUGCAAUUACUGAUACAGAUUAUGAUCCUCGCCGUGUGACAUAUCCUAUCCCUGCCAAUGAUGAUUCAAUUAGAGGUGUAGAAUUAAUUGCUAAAGUAUUGUCAACAGCUGCAAGGGAAGGUUUACACAGAAGGAAGCAAAUGAUUGAUCAAAGAGAAAAAGAAAAGAAGUUACUUAGAAAGCAACACUCUAACAAAUAUUAAUUGUAGAAAUAAUUGUAUAGAAAAAAAAAAUAACUGUCCAUUCAGAAAAAAAAAAUUAAAAAAAAGCAAGCAAAUAUUAUUUAAGGCAAAACUUAUGACAUAAAGACAAAUUACUAAUAUUGAAAACAUUAUCGCAAUUACAUGUUUUUAAACAAUAAUUGUCUUGUUACCAAUAAAAAAGUAAUAAUUAAUAGCCGAGUUUUUGC